UCACAAAUAGUAUAUAAUAAAAGCCUUACCGAUCCUCCUCCGCAGCACAACCCGGAAGGAAGGUCCCGGUUGGCGUCACGUUUAUACGACGAUUUUCGACAACAACUUCAAGAAAAUCACAAAAUGUCCAUUGCCGUUCCCACUCCGAUCAACCCCAAGCCCUUCCUCAACCAGCUGACAGGACAGGCUGUCAUAGUAAAGCUGAAAUGGGGCCACGAAUACAAGGGAAUUCUGGUCUCGGUCGAUGGCUAUAUGAACCUCCAGCUUGCCAACACAGAAGAAUACAUUGAAGGCCAGUCAACAGGAAGCCUAGGGGAGGUACUCAUCCGCUGCAAUAAUGUCCUAUAUAUUCGUGGUGCGGAGGAUGAUGACGAAGAAGAAGGCCAAAUGAAGGAAUAGUCUAAAGGAUAAAACUUUUUUUUAUGUUUCAUUUCCUCAGGAUAAGAGCCAUUUGUUGAGAAAAGCCCGACAGAAUUUGCAUUCUCAUUUUAGUCUUAUGUCUUGAGGCUAGAAAUUUUUAUACACAAGAACUCGAGCUGCAGCCCAAAUAUUUCUUCAUCUUGCUAAUGGAAAGGAAAAUAAGGAAGGAACAGAUAACUUGUCCGAGACAACUAUUACAGAAUUUUGGUUUGUGCAUUGGAGAUGAGUGUCAUUCUGGUAAAUAAAUGUUAUCCUAAAGUGACUACAGUUCAAUUUUAUGUUUGCAGAAGUUGCAAAAAAAAAGGUUAUCAGUAUGAAUUUGAAUGGCAAAAUAUUGGUUAAUUUUCAAAACCAUAUUUCUAACCAGGACUCUCAUGUCUAUGUUCAUUCCAGCGAGUACCUUUAUAAGAAUAAAUGACGUUUUGUAAAA